UGAUGAAGACGAAACUGAACAUCUGCAACAUGCAGUUGCUGCUUCUUGUUUUCUUGGUGUGGGACCCAGCCAGGUUGGUGCUGGCUAACAUCCAAGAAGAUGAGGCUAAAAAUAACAUUACCAUCUUUACAAGAAUUCUAGACAGACUUCUGGAUGGUUACGAUAAUCGGCUUAGACCAGGACUGGGAGACAGUAUUACUGAAGUCUUCACUAACAUCUAUGUGACCAGUUUUGGCCCCGUCUCAGAUACAGAUAUGGAAUAUACAAUAGAUGUUUUCUUUCGACAAAAAUGGAAAGAUGAACGGUUAAAAUUUAAAGGUCCUAUGAACAUUCUUCGACUUAACAAUUUAAUGGCGAGCAAAAUCUGGACUCCAGAUACCUUCUUCCACAAUGGGAAAAAAUCGGUAGCACAUAAUAUGACAAUGCCAAAUAAGCUUCUUCGAAUCCAGGAUGAUGGGACUCUGCUAUACACAAUGAGGCUUACAGUUCAAGCUGAAUGUCCAAUGCACUUGGAGGAUUUUCCAAUGGAUGCCCACUCAUGUCCUCUGAAAUUUGGCAGCUAUGCAUAUACAACCUCGGAGGUCACUUACAUUUGGACAUACAAUGCAUCUGACUCUGUACAAGUUGCUCCUGAUGGCUCUAGGUUAAAUCAAUAUGAUCUGCUGGGCCAAUCAAUUGGAAAGGAGACAAUUAAAUCCAGUACAGGUGAAUAUACUGUAAUGACAGCUCAUUUCCACUUGAAAAGAAAAAUUGGAUAUUUUGUGAUUCAGACAUAUCUGCCUUGCAUCAUGACUGUCAUUCUCUCCCAAGUGUCAUUCUGGCUUAACAGAGAAUCUGUGCCUGCAAGAACUGUGUUUGGAGUAACAACUGUUCUAACAAUGACAACUCUAAGCAUCAGUGCUCGGAAUUCUCUCCCCAAAGUGGCUUACGCAACUGCCAUGGACUGGUUUAUUGCUGUUUGUUAUGCAUUUGUAUUCUCUGCCCUAAUUGAAUUUGCAACUGUUAAUUACUUCACAAAAAGAGGAUGGGCUUGGGAUGGAAAAAGUGUAGUAAAUGACAAGAAAAAAGAAAAAGCCUCUGUAAUGAUACAGAACAAUGCUUAUGCGGUGGCUGUUGCCAAUUAUGCCCCGAAUCUUUCCAAAGACCCAGUUCUUUCCACUAUCUCCAAGAGUGCAACCACGCCAGAACCCAACAAGAAGCCGGAAAACAAGCCAGCCGAAGCCAAGAAAACCUUCAACAGUGUUAGCAAAAUUGACAGAAUGUCUAGAAUAGUUUUCCCAGUUUUGUUUGGUACAUUUAAUUUAGUUUACUGGGCUACAUAUUUAAACAGAGAACCUGUGUUAGGGGUCAGUCCUUGAGUCUAGACACAGGUUGUCUUUGGGAUGUAUAGCAACACUAAACUUGGUUUGUUUUGCCAUGUACAGUCUGACUAAUAACUGCUAAUUUGUGAACCAACAUGUACAGUAUGUAUAUAGCAACAUUGCUUAUAGACCUCUAAUGGAGACACGCAUUUGCUAACUCGUGGUACUACAGGCAGAAAGCACCCCAUGCCCAAACAGCCAUUGCCUUUUUAAAAGGUUUACCGUAAGAACUGGUUUAAAGUGUAUUUCAGAUGACCUGAUUUAUUUUCUCUUCUUCUAACAGCAAUGCAAAUGGAGAUCCUAUAUAUCAUACUUUGUGGACCCUUUUGAUUUAGGUCUUACAUAGGAGUAUUUUCUACUGUUGCCUAACUAUAGUGUAAGAUACCAUUGUCUUUACAAGAUGAAUUCCUCUAAAUAACAGAACCUCAUAUCUGCAACAUCAGUUCCCUUCCCAAGUGCUCCGAAUCCCUGCUAGUAUAAUUGGAAGCUUAGCACACAUCAGAGGAAAAACUAGAGAUUUGAAAUCAGCUUUUAAUUACUCUGUAUCGUAUCUAUAGCCAUGUACAUAUUACAGCAUGACACAUUCAAAUAAUUAUGAGUCACCCUGACAGGAUGUUCAUUAUGCCUAGAAUUUAAUAACUAUUGGAAUGUCAUGGUCAUCACAUUUUUAGCAUCAGAGUUUAUUUGAAAGUAAUAAUUGAAAUCCUACAGAGUAUUUUAGUCACUGGAAAAUACC